AUGGAUGAGAAUAACAGUGUGCACACUGUCAGCAGAAGCCUGAAGGAGCAUUUUGUGUUUCCACUGGGGCAAGGGGAAAGUACGCCUCUCUCUCUUACCCUCUCCAACUGGAACGAUGUUGAGGACCGGGGGUUCGAUCUCUCUGUGAACGUGAAGAAAGGGCCGUGGCAAACGUUCUGUUCCUCUGAAUGGCCCACCUUCAAUGUUGGGUGGCCAGCAGAGGGAACUUUUGACCUAACCAUGAUUUUUGCCAUCAAGGAUAUUGUUUUUCGCCCAGGAACAGGAUCUCAUCCGGACCAGCAACCUUACAUUAUUGUCUGGCAGGAUUUAGUUCAGAACCCCCCGUCAUGGGUCCGUCCUUGGUUGCCCCCGCGAAGCCCACGGAUUCUGGCCCUUCAACCCUCACAGGAACAGCCAAAGAAGCCGUUGGUCGACCCGCAGACGGAUCUUCUCCUCCUUGACUCUCCGCCCCCACCCUAUUUUCCCUCUCUUGCUCCGGAGCUUCUACCUGCGGCCACGGCUCCGUCCGCCCCUGCUUUGCCCUCCGCCACGGCGGCUGGCCCCUCCCAGGGAACUAGGAGCCGAAGGGGGCAGCCCACUUCCCCCGACUCUACUGUAGCCUGUCCCCUUCGGGCGUACGGACCGCCUCCCCCGUUGCCGGGCGACGGAGGGCCGGCGCCCCUCCAGCCCCUCCAGUACUGGCCUUUCUCCUCUGCUGAUCUGUAUAACUGGAAAACUAACCACCCUCCUUUUUCAGAGGAUCCCCAGAAAUUAACCGGGUUGGUGGAGUCUCUUAUGUUCUCCCAUCAGCCCACUUGGGAUGAUUGCCAGCAGUUGCUCCAGACCCUUUUCACCACGGAAGAGAGAGAAAGAAUUCUGCUAGAAGCUCGGAAACAUGCUCCCGGCCCUGACGGGCGACCUACCCAGCUCCCCCACCUGAUGGACUCCGCUUUCCCCUUCACCCGACCUGAUUGGGACUACAACACGGCAGAAGGUAGGGAGCGACUGACAGUCUAUCGCCAGAUUCUAGUGGCCGGCCUCAGAGGAGCCUCGCGUCGGCCCACCAAUUUGGCUAAGGUAAGGGAAGUCCUUCAGGGACCCACGGAGCUCCCCUCAGUCUUCCUUGAGCGACUAAUGGAAGCAUUCAGGCGGUAUACACCAUUUGACCCUACGACUGAGGGGCAGCGGGCUUCGGUGGCUAUGGCCUUUAUUGGCCAAUCUGCUUUAGACAUCAAAAGAAAACUGCAGCGAAUUGAGGGAUUGCAGGAUUACACUUUGCAGGACUUAGUUAAGGAGGCAGAGAAGGUGUAUCACAAAAGGGAAACGGAAGAAGAGAGGGAACAGAGAAAGGAAAGGGAAAGGGAGGAGAAGGAGACUAAACGAGAAAAGAGACAGGAGAAGAAUCUCACGCGCAUCUUGGCAGCAGUGGUAGGUGAUAAAAAGCCAGAAGGGAGAGGUAAGGGUAGACAGAUGAACCUGGGCGAUCGCCUCCCACUCGACCGAGAUCAAUGUGCCUACUGUAAAGAAAAAGGACACUGGAAGAGAGAAUGCCCAAGAAGGCAGAGGAAGGAGAAGGAAGCCAAGACCAUUUUGGCCUUUCAUGAGGACAGUGACUGAGGGGGACGGGGCUCGGAACCCCUCCCUGAGCCCAGGGUAACCAUCCAAGUGGAGGGGAAACCAGUAGAAUUUCUGGUGGACACAGGAGCACAAUAUUCUGUCUUAAAAGCUCCCUUGGGGCCGAUAUCUAAGAAAACUUCUUGGGUCAUUGGGGCCACUGGUAAUGAGCAAUACCCGUGGACGACUAACCGGACUGUAGAUCUUGGGACUGGGGCCGUCACCCACUCUUUCCUUGUGAUACCAGAAUGUCCAGCCCUGCUGUUGGGGAGAGAUCUGUUAACUAAGAUGGGAGCUCAGAUCACUUUCACCCCAAAGGGACCAAUUGUGGGGCAGACCGAAGCGGAGGCAGUCACACUUCUAACCCUCCACUUGGAAGACGAACACAGGCUGUUUGAAUCCAGGACGUCAGGGGAACUCUCUGAGGAAAUAGCCAGAUGGGUAGACCGGGUCCCGGGAGCAUGGGCAGAAACCGCUGGUAUGGGGAAGGCCACCCGACAACCUCCUGUGGUGGUCAAAUUGAAGGCAUCGGCCACCCCCGUGGCCGUACGACAGUAUCCCAUGCCCAAAGCAGCUUGGGAAGGGAUAAAGCCCCACAUACAGCGCCUCUUAGAUACGGGAAUCUUAGUACGGUGCCAUUCACCUUGGAACACUCCGCUCCUCCCAGUGAGAAAGCCUGGCACCUCAGACUACCGACCUGUUCAGGACUUAAGAGAGGUUAACAAGAGGGUGCAAGACAUCCAUCCCAUGGUGCCCAACCCUUAUAACCUUUUGAGUACCUUGCCGCCUUCCCACAUUUGGUAUUCGGUGCUGGACUUAAAAGAUGCUUUUUUCUGUCUCCAGUUGCACUCAAACAGCCAGGGCAUGUUUGCGUUCGAGUGGAGAGACCCUGACUCUGGGGUUACGGGGCAACUGACCUGGACUAGACUUCCACAGGGAUUCAAGAAUUCACCCACCAUCUUCGAUGAAGCCCUUCAUCAGGACCUGGCACCCUUCCGAGCUGAGCACCCCGAGAUCACUCUCCUCCAGUACGUAGAUGAUCUCCUGGUGGGGGGGGCCACGGAGGAAGAAUGCCGAGCCGGUACUGAGGCCCUCCUCCGAGAGCUCGCCCAUCUGGGAUACCGGGUAUCCGCCAGAAAAGCCCAACUCUGUCGGCGAAAGGUGACGUACUUGGGAUACACUAUUGAAAAGGGACAGAGGUGGCUGACGGAGGCCAGAAAGAGAACCGUCACCCAGAUCCCGAGGCCCCAGACCCCCCGUCAAGUCCGUGAGUUCUUGGGUACGGCAGGGUUCUGCAGACUCUGGAUUCCGGGGUUUGCAACACUCGCUGAGCCUCUCUACCCCCUCACCAAGCAGGGAAACCCGUUCGAGUGGGGCCCGAAACACCAGGAGGCUUUUGACGACAUCAAGAAAACCCUGCUUUCAGCCCCAGCGCUAGCUCUGCCUGAUGUCACCAAGCCCUUUACCCUCUACAUAGAUGAGAGAAAGGGGGACUUACGGCAGCCUCCGGACAGGUGGAUGUCCAAUGCCAGAAUGACCCACUACCAAAGUCUCUUGUUGGACGAGGGGAGAGUCCAAUUUGGGGCCCCCGUGACAUUGAAUCCUGCCUCUCUGCUACCAGAAGCAGACUUGGAAAAGAGAGAGAUUCUGCAUUCCUGUCAGAAGAUAUUGGCUGAAGAAACGGGGGCCAGGCGGGAUCUCAGAGACACACCCCUACCCGGGUCCCCCCUCACUUGGUUCACAGAUGGCAGCAGCUACCUCUCAGACGGGAAGAGGAGGGCAGGAGCCGCAGUAGUCAGCACGGAUGAGGUAAUCUGGUCUAGCAGUCUGCCAGAAGGCACCUCAGCACAGAGGGCAGAACAUACACAAGCCCUCAGGUUGGCUGAAGGAAAAAGAGUCAACAUCUACACUGACAGCAGGUAUGCCUUUGCGACUGCUCAUGUGCAUGGGGCCAUUUACAGACAAAGAGGACUCCUCACCUCAGCCGGAAGGGAGAUACACUGCCCAGGGCACCAAAAGGGGACGUCUGAGGUGGCGGAGGGGAACAGGAAGGCAGAUGUUGAAGCAAAACAGGCUGCAUUGGGACUAAACAUCCUGCCGCUAGCAAAAGUCCCUUUGGACCCUCCUAGGUCCUUCUCUUACUCCCCAGAAGAGGAGGGGGAGAUGGCCAGAAAGCCUGGCAAAUACGUCAAGGAUAAGUACGGGGUCUGGAAGGAUAAGGCAGGUGGGAAGAUAAUCGUCCCUGAAGAAAUGGCAAAAACUUACCUCGAGCAACUACACCGCCUCACCCAUCUGGGUCCAAAACAUCUCAGUGCUACCUGCCGGGCCCUGGAUUACUCCAUCCGAAAGCUCACCUCCCUGGCCGAGAGAACUGUCGCUAGCUGCAAGGCAUGUCAGCUAGUAAAUUCCCACCCCUCGCAAGUCUCUCAGGGGAAAAGGGAAAGGGGAAAUAGGCCGGGCAGCUAUUGGGAGGUUGACUUUACGGAAGUCAAGCCAGCCCGGUAUGGUUAUAGAUACCUUCUAGUCUUUAUAGAUACCUUUUCAGGAUGGGUUGAAGCUUUUUCAACGAAGAGCGAAACGGCAACCACAGUAGCCAAGAAGAUUAUUGAAGACAUCUUUCCCCGGUUUGGAGUUCCAGAGGUAAUUGGUUCAGAUAAUGGGCCGGCAUUCAUCGCCCAGGUAAGUCAGGAAAUUGCCAAGGUGCUGGGGAUUAAUUGGAAAUUGCAUUGUUCAUAUAGACCCCAAAGUUCAGGACAGGUAGAAAGGAUGAAUAGAACGUUAAAAGAGGCUAUGACUAAAUUAUCCUUAGAAACUGGCGUAACAGACUGGACAGUCCUCCUUCCCUUUGCCCUAUUCCGUGCCCGGAAUACGCCCGGGCCCCUGGGAGUAACCCCUUUUGAGAUCCUUUUCGGGGCCCCACCACCACUCACUGCUGACCCGUGGACCAUGCACACAGAAACUCACGCCCCUCAAUCCCUGCUCGCUAGGUUGAAGGCAUUGGAGACGGUCCAAAAGGACGUGUGGGUCCCUUUGGCUGCCGCUUACACCCCGGGAGAGCUCAAAGUACCACACCAGUUCCAGGUUGGGGACUUUGUCUACGUUCGUCGUCACCGGACAGCCAACUUGGAACCCCGGUGGAAGGGACCUCACCUCGUACUUCUGACUACACCCACCGCCAUCAAGGUAGACGGCAUCGCCUCCUGGAUCCAUGCCUCUCAUGCCAAACCUGCACCACCGCCUGACGAUGGAUGGACUGUGGAGACUGCUUCAAAUCCCCUCAAGCUUCACAUCCGCCGGCGCCCUGCUCCUCCUGAGUACAAGGAGUGA